CACUCUAGAAAGCUGAAGCCGCCCGCUUCCUGGCUGUUACUGGAGCAGCGAGGAGGUGAUGGAGGCGACUUCUCUCUGUUUGCUCAUCCUCGCCUCCCUGGCGCUCAUUCAGCCCCUUCUCGCUCUCUCCAAAGCAGACAAGAAUACCUUGGUCGAUGCCCACAACAGGUUUCGCUCCGAGGUGCCCGAUGCAACCAACAUGCUGAGAAUCAAAUGGGAUGCACACUUGGAGAAGAUUGCCACAAAAUAUUCAAAGAAAUGUGCGUGGAAACACAAUCCAAACAGAGGAAGAGUUGGAGAGAACUUGUAUGCAACGAAUGGUGCCUUAAUCCCAGCAAAGGGAGUUGAGGACUGGUAUAUGGAGAUCUAUGAUUACGACUAUAACACAAUGGUCUGCACUGCAGGAAAGAUGUGUGGACACUAUACCCAGGUGGUAUGGGCAAAUACUGAAAAAGUGGGCUGCAAUGUUAACUUCUGUGAUAAGCUGCAUGGUCUGGAUAAUAAAAAUCUCACUAUUCUGGUAUGCAACUAUUCACCUCCGGGUAAUGUGAUUGGUGCGAAACCGUUUAAGAAAGGUGCUUCCUGCAGUGAAUGUCCAUCUGGAUAUAAGUGUGUCGAUAAACUUUGCAGCACUGAAUUACCUCAAUCCACCACCUCAGGUACCCAAACAUCGACAACAGCCUCCGUAGCGGGCUCUGCCAGUGGAGAAACCACAAGUGCAGCAGGAUCUCAAGGAGAAGCCACCCCCAAGCCCAGUGGGAUUACACCACUAUGUUAUAAUUUUGUGUCGACUCUUGUGAUAUUAGUAAUUGCGUAUUUUGUAUAAAGCAAGAGAAGAAUAUAUGUUAGAAUUAAUGUUUGCUUAGUACGAUCUGGUGUGGUUUUAACUGUUGGCAGAGUUUACUUGGAGACAUUUACAAGUAAUUGAUCAGUCAGGAUAAAAUACACUGAUCAAAACAUAAUCAAAACCUAAGAAGUAUAUAACCAAAAAACUAAAAGACUGCCUCUCAAUCUUGUUUCCACAUCAA